GGUUUGGAUACUGUUCAAGUUUCUUUUUCAAUUGAAUUUUGAAGAAUUCGACCUAUUUUCUAUUUUAUGGUACAUAAUGCCUAUGGAUUACCGAGUUCAGAAUUUUGAUGAUAUAGAACUCCAUUCAAUGAAUUUAUUUGAAUAACAUUCGAUUCUAUACUGAUUCGUUCGAUUUCAAUCUUAUUCUUUAUGUGACUUAAGUGACGUAAAAAAAACUAGCUUGAAAAUGGAUUUCCCGUUUUCUAAAUCUUAGCUCGAUUACGUGGAUCGAUUCGCUUAAUAAUUCUGGAAGCCGGAAAACCGCAGCGGGAAAUUCGUCGAUAAAAUUCUUCAGGAAAAUUCUUUGGAAAAAUCUUACAAAACUGCCUAAGCAACGUAGUCUCUUAUUCGAGCUCUAAAUGUAGCUUCUCGAUUUAAUUCUUCAAAAUUUCCUAAAUUCGAUUUCCAAAUUCAAUCUGUAAAUGUUCGGCGACGAACGAUCAAAGCCGAAAGAGUUAGCAACUGAUCCGAUAUUCGAAUUAUCCGCCGUUGACGUCAGCCAGUGCGGCCACUAUCUUCUCAGCCAGUCCUAGCCGGUGGAUUACAGAAGCCUCACUGUUAGUGAAACGUGUUUUUCACUGGCCUCGACGCUCCGCGAGUCAUUGCCGGUGAUCCAUAGAUCAUUCGAUCGGGCUGGUGAGUUUGUCAACGGGAAAACAUUGUCGAUCGAUAACUAUACGCCGACGGGGGACGGUUAAGUCGCCUAAAGUCACGUUCUCAAAUCGCCAGGGAGAUUUGCAUUUGUAGACGCGAAUUUCUGCUGAAAGUUACGCAACGGUUUGCGGACGGGCGGUCUUCUAGAGCUCUUGCUUGGCGGGAGAUUGAAACGAUCGUCAGAUCGGCGCUCCUCUCUGUGCGGAAUAGGACGUGAUCGAGAUCGAAGAGCACGAUCCACAAGGAACAUUCGAGAGGACAGCGAGAAGCAUCGACUUUAGAAGAUACCGAGAAUAUGGCGCAUUGGUAAUUGGCGAAAAGGGAGAACCGAGACGUGAUACGGCAAAGAAAAAAAAUCGAAGAAUACCUUGAAAACGGACAGUGAUUUAAAAGAAGGUACAGAAACUUAUAUAAGAUACUCCGAAGAGAAGAAAAACAUCGCGGAAGGAUUUGAUGGGUAAUUCGAUAAAGAUUGCAUCGCAGUAAAAGGAUUAAUCGUAUAUCAAAAUUAAGAUACCAAUUAAGGAAAAACUUGAAGAACAUAGACAACAAACGAUAACGUCUGUUAGACAAGGUCGAGCUAUCAAGAACUGCGACGAUAACAGCGUCUUCUUAGACGCCGAUAACCAGCGUCUUCUUAGACGCCGAUGACACGCGAUACAACUCGACCCCGCCAGAUCAUUCGUGUCUAACCUUGGCGAACGGUCCAGCGGAUCAUCGAAAGCAGAUACAGAAGAAAGUUCACUGAUAGUUGAUUAAAGAUCAUCAUCCGAGCGAUAAUUGGCACACGAGACACACAAUGUCCAAAGUCGGCAGAAGUAUUUUAAUCGCGACGCGGUUCGCCACGAGACUGUUCGACAGCAGACCGACGGUUUCGAUCGUGAUCCAGAGAAUGGCUACGGGAGGAUCGACGCAGCCCGUGGUCCCGAAAGAGGACGUGGUCAGGUUCAUUCAGGACUGCUUGUGCAAGGCCGGGACCACGAGCGAAGAUGGCAAGGUCGUUGGCCAUCAUCUGAUGACUGCUGAUUAUUGCGGCCAUUUUAGCCACGGAUUGAACAGGCUCAGGCUCUACGUGCAUGAUCUGGAGAGCAAGAUCACCGAUGCCGCUGCCAAGCCGGAGAUCGACAAGGAUUUUCAGGCGGUGGCCUUGGUAAACGGGAACAACGGGCUGGGCCACGUGGUGGGCAAGUUCUGCAUGGAGCUGGCCAUAGAGAAGGCGAAGAAGUUCGGGAUCGGCAUGGUGACAGUCCGCAGCUCGAAUCACUACGGUAUCUGCGGGUACUACACUCGAAUGGCGAUGGAACAGGGUCUGAUCGGUUUCAGUUGCACCAACACUAGCCCCUUGAUGGCCCCUACACGCAGCAUCGGCAAGGGAUUAGGCACGAAUCCUCUGUCCCUUGGGAUGACAGCUUCGAACAGCGACGAGUUUCUCUUGGACAUGGCGACCACGGCUGUCGCUUUGGGCAAGGUGGAGCUGGCAGUGACGAAAAAAGAGCCGAUUCCUCUGGGCUGGGCCUUGGGAAGCGACGGCAAGGUGACCAGCGAUGCCGAAGACGCCUGCAAGACCGGGACCCUGAUGCCUCUGGGCGGAGAAGAGCAUACGUCCGGCUAUAAGGGAUACGGUUUAGGUCUGAUGGUCGAAAUCCUCUGUGGAAUCCUCUCUGGGAGCCACUUUGGACCUAAUAUCAGACAAUGGAAGGGCAAGGAGAGGAUCGCUGACCUUGGGCAUUGCUUCAUGGCCAUUAAUCCGGAAGCUUUCGGGUCUGGAUCCAAGGACAGGCUGGCUACCUUGUUGAAACAGUUGAGGGAGAUGCCGAAGGCUGGCGACAAGCCUGUUCUGGUCGCUGGGGACCCUGAGAAGGCUGCUAAGGAACGCGUCGAUCGGUCCGGAGGCAUCGCUUAUCAUCCUAAUCAGCUGAAGGAUGCUGAAGAGUUGGCGAAACUGCUCGGCGUACAGCCUAUGAAAGUUUGCUCCUCGAAGCUCGAUUAAGAUUUGGACAAAUUAUUUCGCGAGAGGGUAGAAUUUUAAACAAAAUGUCUAUGGCAGUGGUUCUCAACCUUCACUCAACCAUUUUGUAGAUACUUGCAUAUUUGAUAUGCAUAUAAAAUAAUUGCCGGAAGUUGGUGACAGCCAACUUUAAACGGCUGAAAAAUGUGGACGAACGAAAGGAAUUAAAAUUAACCGAAUUAAUUUAUUAGAAAUAAGAGGUAUAACGAAAAUCAGAAUAUAAAAUUAAAUGAGACGGUGGAAUUUGAAUUUGGGAAAUUCGCACGUUUAUGUCAGGGUCGACUUUUGAAAUUUGAAACGCAAACCAGGCUCGAGAUUUAUGUCAGGGUCCACUUUUGAAAUUUGAAACGCAAACCAGGGGCUCAAGAUUUAAUUUUGCUCUGUAUUUAUUCUUCACUGCUAUCCAUUCCGUACAUCUUUUGAAACGGAAUCAGUUGUUUAUAAUUGUUCCAAAUAUUUUUAAUAUUUUUGUGAUGUUGUGAUGUCUCUUUUAUACAUUUUAUUGAUCUCGGUAACUUAUAUGCACGAUGAAAAUUCAUUUGAAAUUUGUGUACGUACCCGUACUUACAGGUUGAGAAACGCUGUUCUAAGGUAUUGGUGUAGCUUUUGAUACAAUCGUUGAUAUUGCUACCUCGAUCCAGAAGUAUUUCUGGUUUCGAAACGUUUGGUACAAAAUUGUUCGACCAACUUUUUUUUAUCUCUUUUUAAUUAAGUUAAAAAUAGACAAAAAUAGAGUUUCUCGUUUAAAGAGUUUUAAUUAAGUUUUAAUGAUUGUACGAGUUGUACAUGUGAAAUUAACGAUGCAGCUUAGGUAAAUUAUCGUAAAUUAAAUAUAUAAACGUAGUAUCAACAGUGUUGAUAUCGUUUCCACGAGUCGCAUUUUGUCUCGUGGCUCGGAUUUUUCGCACUCGUCGACCACGUCACGUUUAAUUGUCCUUUGUCAAUUGUGCCGGCGCUUAACGAUCGUUGGAAAAAGUGCGCGCGUGUGUGUGUGGUGUCGAUGGGAAAACUGUCUGCAUCGCAUUUCAAACUGCAUUUCGAGGAUAAUCUGAUUUAUGUAACGAUACAUUGUACACGUGUAAUCAACUUAUUGUUAGUCCAGGCGAAUCUGUAACCAGAACACGCUUUUUACUCGACGUUAGGUUUUGAUACUACCCGAAGUUUAACAGGUUGCCGCGUUGUGCACACCAUGAACAAAAGUUCGAGAUCGUUUGUAUUGGUUUUUGCUACUAGUCUUUGAAAGAUAUUAUUUGUAUAUUUUAAUAGACGGAUCAGGCGAGAACGCGUUUUGACGUGAAUUUUGUAUAUCGCAAAAAUUUUCAGCACAGUGGUCGCGUGUAAAAUUCUACGGUUUGAUUGGAAGCGACAGAUAAGAAUUAAGUGCCAACAGUAAUUACAAUGUGUACAUGAAAGAAAGAUCGUACUCAGUGAUUGUAAUGUCUCAACUCGAUUCCGAAGAUCGAGCCUGUUCAUUUUGUUAAAACUAUCUCGGGUAUUUUUUACGAUACUCGUUAGAUGUUGUACGCUUUUAUACAUUUGUUAUCAAUGUACGAAUAUAAAGUAUUGGGGGACGUUUAAAAAAAAAUUCCGCAUCAUUGUACGGAGUAGGGAAUUAGAAUAGUAGUCGGCAGAUGUAACGGGUUUACAUUGUACGCAGAAUCUGCGCGCAUUUUAUCACGAGCACACGUGUGUUCGUACUCGCAUUUGUACGCACAGGUUUUAUCAAAACGACAAAUACAUGUGUAUAAUUUACAAGCAUUUACAGAUCUGUACGCGCUAUAAAUUAAUCAGAUCCUUUUUAACCACCGUAACGGAUCGCAAUUCUAGCUACCGUUCGAUCAAAACGAACCGUUCCGAAUGCGAGGAAUUUCUUGCGAGUCGAUUAAUUUUAAUGAGAUUCGCAAUCGAGGGAUCCACGAGCACCAACGAAUCAAUUAAACAUCGUAGAAAAUA